AGUGCCAUGUAUUAUUCCUAAAUUUUAUCAUAAAAAGCAUAAAUAAUAUAACCUAUUUAAAAAAAUAAUUACACAUGCUAGGCAUAUGAAAGUAAAAGGAAAUAAUACAUGUGACGGUAAUAACGUGGAUUUAAAUCGAAUUUCCCGCUUUUUAGUGCACAGCUCUUAGAAGGUAACAGGUAUGUCAUAUUGUAUGAAUAUGUAGUAUGUAAAAGUUCAUAUCUUAAUUUGCUAUUACUGCUUGCGACAUAAAUAAUUUAGUAAUUACAAUGUGCAAAGCGAAUAUGAAACAUGAAUUGGGGAUGCCCAGCUUACAUUCGCUCGUCGUACGACGAGCUCCACUAAUGGAUAUGGGUACUGCCACCAGCUCUGUGACAUCUGUAAAUCCUUCUAAUAAAAUCACUACUAAUCAAAAGAAAGUUGAGAAGUCCAAUAAACUUACUGGAGUCAGAUUACCUUUGUUACGCAAGGAAGCAAGCGUUGUAAAUCUUUCAUUAACAGAAAGAGCUGCAUUGGGAAAAGGAGUGGAUGCGCCGUUACUCAGACCUGAAAGUAGUGCAAGUUUAGAAGCACGUGGUAACAGUUGGUUAAGUUUGGGCCCUGGAGUAUUAAGAAAAUGCGAAACUGCUGUUGGUUUAAGCACUUCUGCCCUAGAAGGUCGACCUAUAAAUCGAAGUCGAGUUUGUUCUCGCUGUUCAAGUUUGUUAUCAUUGGCAUCUAGCUCACGUUAUAGUUUAGCCGCAGGCAAUUUUGUUCCUGCAGGUUCUCAACAAACGCUUGGACGUCUUUUCUGUAAAUUAUGCCUUGUUGAUACUUCUAUUUCCAAAACAUUUAAAAUAGAGGGCUGUGGUUGUUCCUAUUGUAAAGAUUGUAUGAAAGCAUAUGUUGAAUUUGAAAUUGAGGAAGGUGCAUAUGAAAUUAGUUGUCCUGAUGCACAAUGUGAACAUGGGGCAAUAUUAUCUAUGAAGGAAAUAUCAAGUCUUGUUAGUCCUGAACUUGUGGAAAAACAUCAUAAAUUUCGCUUGAAUAGAGAUGUAUCUAUGGAUAAAGCACGUGCUUGGUGCCCACGAGCAGGUUGUGAAACAAUAUGUUCAAUAAAUGCCACUGGAUCAAAUGGAACUCCUAUUGGACCUGUUCAUUGUCCUAAUUGCUCUACAGAUUUUUGUUCUAUAUGUAGAGAAUCUUGGCAUAAUGGUCCUUGUUCAGAUCUAUCAUUAGGUAUACCAUUUGAUGGUGACCAUAUCAAGUGCUGUCCUAUGUGUUCUGUACCUAUUGAAAAGGAUGAAGGAUGUGCUCAAAUGAUGUGUAAAAGAUGUAAACAUGUUUUUUGUUGGUACUGUUUGACUUCUUUAGAUGACGACUUUUUAUUGAGACAUUACGACAAAGGACCAUGUAAAAAUAAAUUGGGUCAUUCACGUGCAUCAGUCAUUUGGCAUAGAACACAAGUUAUUGGAAUUUUUGCUGGAUUUGGUUUACUCUUACUUGUUGCAUCGCCAUUGCUUUUACUGGCUGCCCCAUGUAUCGUAUGCUGUAAAUGUCGUGUAUGUGGUUCGUCUAGACUUGAACAGGAGGAAGGUGAUACUACAACAUAAGAAAACCAAGAGUUACAAUAUUCCUAUAAUUUUUCUUCAGUAUGGUAAACAUUUAGAGUAUUCAAUAUGAGCAAGUAAUUGGUGAUUUAUAUAGAUAUACAUUGAACUUAGGGAACAUCACACGUUCUUGUGUAUUGCAACGAAUAGGAUGAAAGAUGUAAUAUCUCUAUUUCAAACACAUCAUUCUGUAAAAUCUCUUAAUGUAAAGUACGCUUGUAAAAUAGUUUUAUCAUACAAACUUAAUAUUUUAUUUUGUUUUUAAUGAUUUUUAAGGAUCUUAUUUGUAAUCAAACAAAAUCUUGACUGUGUUAAUGAAUUAUUGAAAAUUUUUGAAGUACCCACACAUUUGUACAUAUUAAUAGCGUUUUAAAGUAAAAAAUUUACGUUUACUAAAAGCUACUUAAUAUCCAAUUGCUACUUGAUUGUUAUUUAGGGUUUGAAAAAUAAGGUACAUUUCUUUUUCUGUUGUGUCUGAUAUUCAUAACUUAAACGUAUAUAACAUACCGAAUUAUAAAUACUCAUAACUUCUGUUUAUGACAUUCCAAGAAAUUGCAGUUGCAUUGCAUUGGUUUAACUGUUGUAACCAAAAUUGUAUUAUGUUUUGUAAAUUAUAUAUCAAGUAUUUACUUGAA